AUCAGACGGAGCACAUCAUGGAGUUGAAGUUGAGGAAUCUGAGUCUAGAGGUGCAAUCCAGAGUGAAGGGACUGUCCCAGCAUGAUUCCUUAAUGAUGGAAAAACUGAGGGCCAUGGAAACCUUUGUGAAGGACAUCAGAAAUUUUGGGAUGAUGAAUAAAAUUGAGGAAAUUGAAUCCUCCAUGAAAUAUAUUUUAUCCGACGAAGUAGCAGGUUCUUUAUCCAAUGAUAAUCAGAGGAUUUUGACAGCUCUGGGCGACCUGGCUGAGGAGAUCUGGAAGGGAAACAGUUCUGCUGAUCCAUUGUGCAGUACAGGCUGGGUACACUUUGGCUCAAGCUGCUACUACCAUUUCCGUGUAAUACUACCAUGGAUAAAGGCCAAGGACAGCUGUGCGGACAAGAAAGCCCACCUGGUGGUCAUUAAUAGCCAGGAUGAGAUGGAUUUUCUCCGUGAAUUUUCACGGUCGCUGACUUUGUGGAUC